GAUAAUAAUCAUAUCAUCAUAAUAAUAAUAACAGUGAUGAUCUACCAAUUAUUCCGAUUGAUGGAGGUUCCGAUGCUGGUAUGUUUUGUGUAGUCGGUGCUCAAUUCGAUCCAUCACGUAUUAUUUAUCAUGGUUCUACUCAUAUUACAACAACUACUACUUCUACUACUACUACCACUACUAAUCAUAAUCAUUCUAAAUCUAUGAUGAAACCAGGUGAUAUUAUCUUAGCUAUUGAUGGCUAUGAAUUGUCAGGCUAUACAAAACGUGAUGCUAUUACAUUAUGUAAUGCUUGUCUACAAUCACAUUCACAUGUUCGAUUACAUCUUAGUCCACCGCAUGCAUUAGUUACAAGUAGUACAAUGUUGUCAAGUUUUUUAGCUACCUCAUUUGCAAUGGAUUCAUCAGAAUAUGCAUUACAAGAGAAAAUACGUGAGAAUGUUUAUCAACGUGUAGUACCUUGUACAACUAGAUUACCUAGAGCUGAAGAAAUCGAUGGAGUUCAUUAUCGUUUUAUGAAUGUACCACAAUUUCUUGCACUUGAACGUAGUGGACAAUUAUUAGAAAGUGGAAUGUAUAAAGGUAAUCAUUAUGGUACACCUCGACCAGAUCCUGAUUCUACUGCUUUAGAUCCUGCAUUCCUGGAACAAUUUCAAUUAUCCUCUACAGAUAUUUCACAAAUUAGUGAUGAUGCAUGCCGGAUUCCACCUCCAUUGGCACCAUUAAGUUCAUUGAAUAGAUUUGGAUUACAUACUACUACUUCAACUGCUCCUGGAACUAACGGCAAUAACAAUACUACUACUACUGUUACUACUACUACUACUACUACCACUAUAAGUAGUAGUAGUAUUCAUAGUAGUAGUAGUACUAGUACUUGUAGUAGUAGUAAUAAUAGUAUUGGUAUAAAAUUCAAUGAUUCUUCACUACAACAACAACAACAGCAAUUACCAACAUGUUCACCACCUCCACCUCCACCAAUUCGUAAUUCAUCCAUCACGAAAAAUUCUAAUCUUAUCUGUCAUACUACUUCUAAUUUAUUAAAUUUAUGUACAACUGAAAAAAAUUAUCUCAUUCAAACAAUGGAUACUAUCGAUACUAGCAUUCAAAAUAACAAUAACAAUCAACAUUUAAAUGAAUUCAAUAGUAAAUUAUAUUUACCAUUACCAAAAUUUUCUAAUGAUACUGAAUCUGAUCUAUGGUCACCGAAUGAAAUACAAUUAAUACAUGAUCAACAGACAACAUUAAUGUCUACUACAUCAACAAUGACUACUAGCACUACAACUACUACUACUACUACUAAUACGGCCACCAUUACAACUGCUACCACUACUACUACUACUAGUAGUAGUAGUAGUAUUACCAAUUCUCAUACUAUGCCGCCUACAUCUAGUCAUGUGAAUACAUCAUCAAUGAUCAAUGGGUGUUCACUUAUUGAUAAUGUAAGUAUAUUUUACAUAUAA